UUUUGGCAAUAACAAUAAUUAUAAGAGCGAGAUAGUGGGAAGCAGAGGCAGAGAGUGAGAGUGAGGUGUAGGAAAGAAGAUGAGCGUGAAGGUGAAUUGUGGAAUGGGAGUGGGAGUGAGUGGCGAUACCCACAACGUGUUCGUUUAUGGUAGCCUCUUGUCCGAUGAUGUUGUCCGUGUCCUCUUGAAGCGCGUCCCUUCAUCAGCAACUGCUACCCUCCAUGGCUUUCAUAGGUUUAAGAUCAAAGGUCGCGUUUAUCCCGCUAUUCUGCCUGUGGAGAAUAAGAAAGUUGCUGGCAGGGUCCUUCUUGGCAUCUCAGGAUUGGAACUAGAUGUUUUAGAUGAAUUCGAGGAUAUUGAAUAUACUAGAAGUGAUGUUGAGGUUUUAUUGAUGGACACUUCUGAAAAGUUAAAAGUUCACGCUUAUGUUUGGAGCAACCCAAAUGAUCAAGACUUAUAUGCAGAGUGGGAUUUUGAGGAAUGGAAACAAGUUCACAUGAAUGAUUUCGUCAAGAUGACUGAUGGCUUUAUGCAAGAGUUGGAAUUGCCAGAACCGAAGCCAAGAGUUCAGACUUAUGAAUCCUUCUAUAAGCAAGAAGACGAUAAGCCACUUGAGCCUUGAUGUUUUCAGUUUGUAAAGAGUCUGCAUUAUGUGGAUUGUGCAGUGUUGUAUGGUUCAAUUAUGAAUCAUACUAUUCACUCUUAAUAAUUAUUAGUUUCUCUUUGAAUUAUUCAUUUGAUGAUUUAAUAAGCAUCUCAACGCUAUCUUUUUCACAA